AUGAACAUGACAUCAGAUUAUAGGGAUCCUUUGAUUGAUUUAUUAAAUAAUUCAGUUGAUUCUCCUCAAGAUCCAUCAAAUACUACAACAACAAACACAUCAUCAACAAGUCAUCAUUUAAACAUUAAUACCAAUAGAAUAUCAACAUCUGAUGAUGAUUUACAAUUUAUAAAUAGAAAUAAUGGAUUUUUAAAUAAUGGUAAUGCAGCAGCAAAUGCAGCAUUAGCAGCCAAUCAUAAUGCUAUUUUCAAUAACAACAACAACAACAACAACAACAAUAACAACACUUUUCAAAAUUAUCAUCAACAACAAGCUUUACAUCAUAAUCAACAACCGCAUCCUUAUGAUUAUUCUCAAAGUCUUACACCUUUAUUAAAUCAUCAUCUGUUAUAUGAUUUAGAAAGCAAUAAUAAUAAUCAUUUAAGAAUUCAAGAAUUAGAAGAUUCCCCUCCUCAAGUAAAAACAAGACAACAACAUCAAAAACAACAACAACAACAAUUAUUAAAUCAAUUACAACAACAACAACAACAACAAAAGGAAGAAGAAGAACAAAGCUCAAAGCAACAACCUCAUUCACAACAAAAUGGAGCAUCAAAACUUGAACAACCUGCCCCAAGAUCACCAAUAUUUGAUUUAGAAAAUGGUCAUGAUUUACAAUUAUUUAAUAAUGGAUUGAAUAAACAAAGUUUAGAUUUUCAAUUUCCUGAUAUGAAACCUUUAACAAGUCCUUUUAAACCAUUAUCAUUUGAUUCUACUAUUUUAAAUAACCAUUUCCAACAGCAACAGCAACAUCAGCAACAGCAACAUCAGCAACAACAACAGCAACAUUCACAACCUCAAAUUGGUCCCAUCCCACCACCAAAUAAAAGAAAAAAAGAUAGUACUGCUCCAAAAACAAGACCAGCAUUUGUAAUGAAAAUUUGGUCAAUGGUAAAUGAUAAAUCAAAUGAUGAAUAUAUAAGAUGGAAUGAAGAUGGUAAAACUUUUCAAGUUUUUAAAAGAGAAGAUUUUGUUCAUAAAAUUUUACCAGCUUAUUUUAAACAUCAAAAUAUGUCAUCAUUUGUUAGACAAUUAAAUAUGUAUGGAUUUCAUAAAGUUCAAGAUAUAAGUAAUGGAACAUUACAUCCAAAUAGUGAAAAAAAUGGAGGAGAUGAAGUUUGGCAAUUUGAAAAUCCAAAUUUUAUAAGGGGAAGAGAAGAUUUAUUAGAACAUAUAGUUAGAAAUAAAUCGGUAUCACAUGAAGAAAAUCAAUUAACUGAUCCAAAUAAUCAACAACAAAAUAAUGAAAUGUCCCUCGUUUUAUCAGAAUUAAAUCAAAUUAAACAAAAUCAACAAAGAUUAAAUGAAGAAAUUUUAAGAAUAAGACAAGAUAAUCAAAAUAUUUAUAAUGCAAAUUUUAUAACAAGAGAAAGAGCAAAAGCUCAAGAAAUUACAAUAAAUAAAAUUUUAAAAUUUUUAUCUGUUGUUUAUAAUGAUAAUAAUACUCCAAUAAAAGCUCAAACUCAACCACCAGAAGAUUUAGGUGAUAACCAUAAUAAUAAUCCACAUCAUAAUCAACAAUUAUCUCGUCAAUUUGGUAGUAAUAACACGAACAACAACAACAACACCACAAACAAUGAUGAAUUUAAUUUUAAUCAUUUACAAAGAAAUAAUCCAGUAUACCAAUCACCAUCAUCAUCAUCAAGUUCAUCAAUUUUUAAUCCAACUAUAACAAAGAAAAGAAGAUUAUUAUUAGAAAAUAGACCAAGUGUAUCAAGAUCAAAAUCAUCACCAACAUCAAUUGAAGAAAUUAUGAGACAUAGAAAUAGUGAAAAUAAUUUAAAUAAAAUGCAUAAUCAAUUAUUAAAUAAUGAUUUACAAAUUAAAAAUUUAGAAAAUAAUAUUGAAAAUUCAAAUAAUAUUGAUCAUUGGAUAAAUGUAAUAUCUGAAAAACAAAUUCAAGAAAGAAAUUCCAUAUCAAAUCAAGGACAAAAUCAAACUCAACCAAAUGAACAAAAUCAUCAUCAAUUAAAUGGUAACCUAGAUCAUCAUCAUUUACAAGAUCAUCAAUUUCCAUUUGCCAUAGAACAUGAAAACAACAACAGCAGCAACAAUAAUGAUGAAUUUAAUGUAGAUGAAUUUUUACAAAAUACAAAUACUCCAAAUUCAAUUUCAAGUCCAUUAAAUAUAACAACAACAACAAACACAUACAAUAAUCCUCAACAACAACAACAACAACAACCUCCAUUACAACAAACUUCUUCUUUUUCAAAUGGUAAUAAAAAAAGAACAAUUAGAGAAAUUCAUGAUAAUAAUGAUAUAUGA